AUGCUACAGAGCCGUAGUCGGCGCAAGACCACGACUAUCGAAGCCAUUGCACUACAUGAGGCUGUGAGUCCUGACAAGUGGUGCGUGACCUAUGCAGACCUGAGAUAUUUAAGGCAGCAAGUCAUCAGUGCCAUUCAGCAGGGGCUCAUCUUGUCCUCUCCAAGUAGCUAUGGUGAUGACGAGAGCAAAAAGAGUGAAGACGAUGAUGAAUUUGGUCCGAGCAUCUAUGUAGUGAACGAGCAGUAUAUCAAACCCAUUACAGCACAAGCUGGAAAAAUGAGUUGGGCGUUGAUGAUGAAUCCAGAUGGUUUGGAUUGCCAUUUGUUCGUCAGUCAUGCCUGGCAAGAAGGCAUCUUUGAAUUCCUCUCAAAAGUUCUGGGGUCGUGGCCCUCUCGCGCUAAACAUGCAUGGUGUUGCAUGCUUGCGAACCCUCAAAACCUGAAUGUUGGUUCUAUGCUUCAGUCUCCCAAGACAUCACCUUUUGCCCUGGCACUGCAAGCAUCUCGCUAUGUCUUGGUUGUGCCCAACCGGCACCAGAGUGUAUAUUGUAGGCUUUGGUGUGGAUAUGAAGCCUACGUGGCAUCAGAGAAGGCCAAGAUCAUCCAAAUUGCAACACCACCGAAGAUCCGAAGGAUGAUGAUCAGCUGGGUUAUGGCGCUGGUGCCAAUAUCCCUGGGGUUUCUCCUUGGAUUCUUUGGUGCUUUGUGGAAAUGGGAUGCACGAGCUGGUGUCAUAGUGAUAUCUCUGUGUAUUCUUACAUCUGCCAACACCACACGAACUUGUUGCCAGCUUUCAAACUACACUGGCUUGAUAUUUUCUUGCUGCAUGGCUAUUUGCUGGGUCUCCUUUCCGAAAGCUUCGUUACAUUUUCUUGACUUUACUCCUCACACGACCAAGAUCUACCAAGCAAUUCUGUGGACUUGUUGCAUUGCAUUCUUUCUUAUUGCGGAAAUGGACCGGAUUCGCAGUGAUGAGAUAGCAAAGGAAGGGCAGCAAUUGCGAAAGCAUUAUGAAGGAACCAUUCGUAUGGCUGGUUGCUCACAACCGUCCGAUAUGCAAAAUAUUUGGGAGGAAAUCGGUGACAAGGUUCACAAAGUGGACACUGCCAUCAAUGUAUUGAUUUCUGCGGGUCUGUCAUCUCCUUCUCUACGUCUUGCUGCCGAAAGUGGGGUGAAUAUCAAGGGCGCAGGACAUGCAGAGGUGGCAAUUCCCUUCGUGUUUUUGGGCCCUCAGCUUGUGGUGGGUUUCAGCCAAGUAGUGAUCCUCAUCAUGAAUGGUGCUCACCACUCCAACUGGGCUAGCGUCAUUUUGGAAGGCAUUGCAGUGGUUGCCCGACUGGUUUUUAUGUGGUUGCUCUGCAGGAGGCCAGCUGAUGAGAUAUGUUUCAUGCUGAAAGUCCUCACCAAGUUGGUCGGCGCAGUUUUCUUCCCCACUGUUCUGACUGUUGGUGUGUUGGUUGGCCUACAUUACGAAACCGCAGCAAAAACUAUGAGCAUUGCAACGUUUAUGUGUUUCUGGCCUGCAGACAACUGGUGA